AGCAGAAGAAGAAGAAUGCACCUGUUCUUUUGUGAUUGCUGCCCUGCCCACUAUUUAACUGGAAGGAGAGCUAUUCCACACGAUUGUUUAUGCUUUUUCUUUGGUUGUUUUUUCCCAAAUCUUGGGGGACAAUUGUCGUUGCAACAUGGUUUGGUUUCUGAUUCUCAUCUGGUUUGUCCAAGUGGGCAGUGUUCCCAUCACCAAUUUCACAAAUGCUACUACUUCAAAUGCUACUUUCCCUGCCACAGUGGACAAUUCUACAAACCCCAACAAUUCUACAAAUGUGACUUUCACUGCCACAGGUUCCACUGCCUCAAUGGGGACACGCCAAAGACAAAAUGAUUGGCUUAAAACGCCUGAAACCAGAGAAGAGGACUUACAGUUCGACCUUGCUAUCAUGGAGGGAGACAUUCUGGUGUCGGAAGACCGAUUAGCUGUGAAGUUACUUUGGCCUGAGAAAGAUGGCGUCGCUUCUAUCCCCUACAAGAUCAACGAUUAUCUGGUGGACAGAAAGGUAACUAUACUAGCAGCGUUCAAGAUGAUUUCAGACCAGACGUGUAUCCUCUUCCAUGAAUACACCAAUGAGAUUAACUACAUAGACAUCAUCUCUGGGACAGGCUGUGCGUCGUAUGUAGGUUUUCAGGGCGGGGCCCAGUCGCUGUACUUCGGUAGAGCCUGUAACGUGGGGAACCUGUGCCAUGAGCUGAUGCAUGCCCUGGGCCUGCACCACGAGCACACACGGCCAGACCGUGACCAAUACGUCACCAUACAGUGGGACAACGUGGUCCCAGGAAAACAAGAGAACUUUAAGGUGAAGAAAGGAGACACUCAGGACCUGCCCUAUGACUACGACUCCAUAAUGCACUACGGAACAAACUACUUCUCAUCAAACCGGAACCCCACUAUUGACGCCAAGCAGAGGGGAGUCCAGAUUGGACAAAGAAAUCACCUGAGCCCCCUGGACAUAACACGCCUUAACAAACUCUAUCAAUGUGAAUAACAAUGCACAAUUUAUGACUUAUUACACCAUCGAAGAAGAUUUCAACACCGCUGCUGUCGACUGAAGAUUCCAACACAAAUGGCACUGACAUUUGAACUUCUCAACAAUGAAUAAGUUGAACAAGUCCCUUAAAGCUUUCUGAUGUAUUGUACGUGUGUUCAGCAGCAGGUAGUUUAAUUUGUCCUGUGUGCUCUUGCUGCCUUGAAUUAGGCCUAUUCCACUGCACUUGUCUUGGAAAUAAAUAAAAUGAUCUAGACUGAAAAUAAUCCAGUCAGUGGGA